AUGAAUACUCCUCCUCCUCUUCCUAAGAAAGUCAUAUUGGUCACGAGAAGGAAUAGGAGGCCGAAGCAUGAUCCAGAUUUCACCGACCCUAAUCUGAAACAACCCAAGUUAAAAGAUCCUAUCACCGUCAAUCCACUUCUAAAAUAUGACGAUCAACUUCUUCAUCAAUUGCAAACAUGGCUUAAAGAUCCAACAACUGACAACACAAAAAUUGAGCUCCAUACUACGUUAGGUGAUAAAGCAUUAUUUCGCCGAUUGCUAAAAAGGUUAACCUGGCUGAAUGAUGAUGAAAUCGAUGCAGGCUGCUUCAUUCUGAGAAGAAGAUCUUGGCUAUAUCCAAAGACAUAUAAGAAGAACUUCUUUAUUAGAGAUUGUUGGCUCCACACCAGGUUCACUGCUGAUUACCCUGAAUUUAAGAAAAGUCGUAUUGAGUUUGACAUUGAAAACUUUUUCGAAUACUUCUUGGGCAAUGAAAACAACUUUAUGAAUAGUUGGAAAGAAUACGAUCAUAUAUAUAUUCCUUUGAACAUCAAAGAUGUCCACUGGAUACUUUGUGUUGUCCGUCUACAGCAAUGGCGCGUAGACGUAUAUGACUGCGAUCCUGGAUGUUAUGCUAAUUUUGAUGAGUUUGUGCUACUGAUGUGCGAAAUGAUUCCGGUUAUAUUUGACAAGGCAUUACCUCUUGAAGAUAAACAAAGAUUUCCUCUGCUCAACCCUGAUUCCGUUUUGCAAUACACAAGACUUCCAGAGUCAGAAGUUCCCAAAGCAACUAAGAGUGGAGAUAAUGGUGUCUUUGUACUAAUGUAUAUUGAGUACUUGACUGCAAACCUGAAUCUAGCAGAAGUGACCUCAAAUGAGAUGAAAGCUUGGAGAGAAAAGUGGGCAGUGAGGUUAUUUCAUGGACUUGUAGAUCCAUAG